AUGAAUACAAUCUCAGAAAUAAAUCGAUGUCUCUAACACUUAUUUCAUUAUUCCCAAUAGCCUCCUCAACCCAGCUGCGUCAUGUCCAUGAAGUCCUAUUAUGAUCAUUUCAUAAACUUCGAUAAUUAUGCCAUGUUUGAGCCUUAACUUUUUCAAUUUGAAGAUUUGAAUACUUCCAAUUGUAACUAUUGACAAUAAUUAAAGUUAGUCAAUGAGCCUCCCUUUUUGGAUUUUCAAUUUGAAGAGGAUCUCGUACUUCAAAACGAUGAGAUAAGCCAAGUUGAACAAGAAAAUUUUAAAUCCUCCAAUCUUCAAAAAGUUCCUUCUAUGCCAAAUUAUAAUGAAUAAUCACAAGUGGCUUUGAUUUAAUUACGUAACUUCAGAUAAAGCAUAAACAAAGAGAUUCAAAUUAAACAUGUUCCAUUGGAUAUUUUCACCAGAUAACUUACACCUAAGAAAUCAAUACCAUCUCUUUUUGAUGAUGAAACAAUUGUAGAUGUCAAAUAGAAGCAAACCCAAAAUUAUAGGCCUUUGAGGGAAAGAAUACAAGAAAAAUUAUCAUAGAAACAAAUAGAUAAAAAGGAACAAUAAGUAAUAAAUAACAGAUUUUAAAAUGCUACUCAAAACUCUGCCAGCAGAUACCAUUCGAAAAGUCCCCAAUCGUAAUUUACGAAGGAAUUUAAGUAAAAAUUCAAUUCAAUAACUCCUAAUCAAAAUUUGUAACUCAACUUAAAAUAAUAACACGCAGAUUAAUUUGCUAGUCAUCAACGAUCGACUUCUAACUCUAAAACUUUAUCAACUCCUCAAAAGAGCAAUAAAGAAUAGUAUGAUUCAACUGUAAAAAUAAGAAUUGAUAUUCAAAAUUUUCAAGAAAACCAUAAAAAAACAACCAAUCAGAAAUAAGAAAAGGAAAACAAAAUACUAACACCUAUAAAAAAUUAAAGCAGAAUUAAUUCUUAAAAUUUUGAACUUGUAACUAAAACCAAAAAUUUUAUAAGAAAUUAGAUAAGCAAAAGUCCUAAAACCCUUUCUAAAAGCCCAAUUAAAACUCCAGAAAAAGAACAAUGCAAAUAUGUAGUGGUUAAUUUUUAUUAAAAAAAAUAUUGA